AUGGUGUGCUUUGUGUCCCCAGUCAUCUGGGAUGCGCUGAAGGCCAUGGUGGAAGCAGAGAAGUCAAUGAAGGAUGCCAUCAUCGAGGGCGCUGGAAUCAUUGUCGGUGCUGAUGACCUGACAGUUUGCUAUGACGAGAGAGGUUGGAAAUACGAUUUGCCCAAGUAUGUGCUGAGCGAGCCGACGAACCUCAUCAGAGAGAAGCACCCUGAGGACACACAGAUGGUGCAGUUGUCCACGCAAAGCUGA